AUGCCAUCAUCAUCCGUUUCAAACAUUGAGGAAAGUGUACUGUUUGAUGACAGUAUUGAGGGUAUUGAAUACCACUCAUACACUCCUUAUCAUGAAUCAUAUAAAAACAACGAUGAAAUUCGUAUACGCAUCAACGAUAUGGAUACCAUAGUGUUACCUUGUGAGAGCCAACUCAUAGUUGAAGGUACAACAACGAAAAAUUCUAUUUUCAUCAAUAAUGGACCAGCUUACCUAUUCCAUGACAUUCGAUAUGAAUUGAAUGGUGUGGAGAUUGAUAGAACGAAAAAUUGCGGCGUCACCACUACAAUGAAAGGAAUCCUAUCCUACGGUGAGAAAAAGAAUAAGACCUUGGAAAAUAGCGGUUGGAACACGAAUGGUUUUAAGGAGAUCGAUGGAGAGUUCUGUUUUACCAUUCCACUGCGACACCUAUUGGGUUUCGCGGAGGAUUAUAACAAGGUGAUUGUGAAUGCAAAACAUGAACUGAUUUUGAAACGCAAUUCUUCAGAUUUGAAUUGUGCGUUAGUCAAAGACACCACUAAAAAGAUGGAAAUUGUGGUAACCCGUAUUGCGUGGCGUGUGCCCAUAGUUAAAGUAUCCGAUAAGGAAAAGCUACGUCUAUUAAAAUAUUUGGUGUGA